UUGAGGAGGGAUGGUAGAGUCGCAGCAUUUAAGGACUUGGACGCUUUGCCGCGUGACGGUGAAGAGCUGAGCAACACGCUCCCGCCUGUCUACAAUAUCUCUUUGCAACAGGGCGGGAAAGUGUCUCUUGGGGAAAGAGUCUUGAGUAAUGAAGCCCCGCCUGCUGGGGUGGGAAUCUCUGCUGCUGUUCCAUUCCCUUUCGUUUUCUCUCUUCGCCUCAGUACUACGCACUUGACAAAUAAUCCGCACCUUAUUUAUUUGAUUGCUUGGUCAGAGCCUCUUCUCCCGUUGUCCAUCUUAAGGGGUCUUGUAAGGACGCGUACAUAAAGCUAUUAAUCUCACGAUGCUGUCCAGCUGGAGGGCUCAAGGCUAUUGAAAUCUAACACUCAUUUGAAAUCCAGAUAGUAACUAAUGGCGAUCUUAAACGGGUCUAGUUUGAAUCUCAUUUCUUUUCUGCUGUGAAGUAUGAUAUGCAGAAUUCUGAAAAAUUUCAGUACUACAGGAUUUGCAGUUCCGUUGAAUAGAAGGAAGUUAUGCAGAGGAGAAACAAAUCAUCAAAUGUCGGAUUGCUUCUGCUGCUUUCUCAGAUCUAUCAAGUUGGAUUUAACAGAAUUCCACCUGUCACACUUGUGACGUUGGCAGUAAACAUUUUCCUCUUUUUGCAACCCCUGAAACAUCUCGAGCAAACAUGCAUUAGUGUUGAAAAGUGUCUUUACAUGAAAGAUUGGCAUCGUCUGUAUCUUUCACCUUUUCAUCAUGCAGAUGACUGGCAUUUAUAUUUUAAUAUGGUCUCUCUUCUUUGGAAGGGAAUUAAUUUGGAAAGAAGACUGGGAAGUACAUUGUUUGGAUAUAUAAUUGCAGUAUUUUCUGUGCUAGUUGGAGUCGUAUACAUGGUUUUGGAAAUUGUAUUUGCAGAACUUCUGGAUGAUCCUAUGUAUAAGCUAAGUUGUGCUGUAGGUUUUUCAGGAGUGCUAUUUGCUUUGAAAGUCCUGAACAACCAUUAUCACCCAGGAGGGACUAGCAACAUCAUGGGAAUACAGGUCUCAAACAAAUAUGCAUGUUGGUUGGAACUUCUAGCCAUUCAUCUACUUAACCCAAGGAGCUCUUUUGGAGGACAUCUGGCAGGUAUUCUUGUUGGAUUGAUAUACAUUAAAAGUCCUUUGAAGCCAGUCAUGGAAGCAUGUGCAGGUGAAAGAAACAGCGACGGCUCAAGGAGUUUUAGUUAUUCUGGUUAUCCGUCCUACACACCAAGAGACUAUAAUAUGUACACUGAUGGAUUGAGUGAAGAGGAACAGUUUCAAAGGGCAAUGAGAAACAGUCUGAAUGAUGCAGGUGGCAGUUCAAGACAUUACAAUGAUGGAAGGAGACCCUAUGGCUUCUGGUUUCCCCAGGAGAGCUAUCAGUAGAAGAACUCUGAAGGCACAGGCUUACCAGAUAUGAACAGCAGUAAAAUUCUCAGGUGUCUAGUGACCAAGGUGUCUGUGUGGUAGCUGCAGAAUGUUGACUGAUUCUUCUCCUUCUGCAUUUAAGCAGUCUUUCAGAAAAUAAUGUUUCCUUCCAAGUGUGCACUUAAAAAGUUAUGAAAAAGCUGGGACAAAAUUGUACUUUUUUGGUAUGAGAAUUUUAGAGAUUACGGCUUAAGCUGAAAAGGCAUCUAAGAACCAGAUUCGAGUUAAAGAAUUCAGUUCACCAGGAACAAUUUUGAUGCUGUCUUGUUCAGCUUCUGUUCAUUUCAGUGGGUGGAAGAAAUUUCAGGAGGGUUUGAUUGUUCAACCUUUGAAUGUAAUUGAAACCUACAGACACAUUCAAAUAUGAAUUUAUACAGUGUAGUCCGUGAUUAUAGACAUGUUCUAAAAAUUUUAAUAGAAGCACUCACUAAACUCUGAAGCCAUACCUCUGGAUCUUGACAAACAUUCGUAUAUCAAAGUUACAUUAUUCUGUGACACAUCAUGUUAUUUAAAUGAAGUAAUGCAGUAUAAACUAUGCCAGCAGUGGAUUGGAUACAAUAUGAUAAUAGUGAACCUGUCUAAAUGGUGAGGCUAUAGGGUUAAGGUUAUAACAGCUUUCAUUUGGCUCUAACCUGCCAUCUGCUCACAGGCAAACCCACUUAUACUUUUGCUUCCAAGACCAUCACAGAACUGUUGUUUAAGGAGACAAAAAAAACCCCUCUUGAGGUGUAUUCUGCAGUAUUCUCUGAAGUUCCCAUCUGCUUGCAAAGACCUUUUUUUGUUAACGAAGGGGCAGCCAUAGACUGUGUAUAUAAAUUCACUCACAUCAGUUCUUUAGCCUGUUUGUAUGGAAGGCCUGAAAUUUGAAUUUAUAUCCAAAGAGAGGACCUUUGCUGCCUUUGACUUGUUCAAUAUGCUUUGAAGGAUACAUUGAUUUUAUCCUGUUGCCCAGAACUAUGUAAAAUACUGAUGUGUUGAUUUAUUUGGCUAUUGGAAUGUGUCCUGUUCGGCGAGAUUCUGUACUUUUGAAGCCUUAAUGUAUCUACCCCCUUUAAGGAAUUUUGUCCAAGGUAUAUCAAUAUAUACAUUGCCUCACAAGAAAAAGCUGAACUCUACAGAAAUGUAAUGUAAUCUGUUGUGUCUUCAGAAUUUAAUCAGCAAGUUCUCAAGUACAGCUAUCAGAUUUUUGUGUUUGUCUUAUUAUUGUAUUUGCAAUUUCCGUGCUCAGUUUUAUAAAAAAGUCCAUGUCCUUUCCAUGCCCCUUUAGUUCUUGGAAAAUAGAUUUCUGGGUAGGGCCAGAGUACAUUUCAAUUUUUUUUCUUUUAUUGCCCCUUGUAAUUUUUUGCUGUUGCGUUUUUUUGCUUCCCUGUUCAUGAGUUGCAUAGAUUUGGAGGGGUGCUUUCACAAAUCCUUGUUUUAAUGAGAAUAAGUGGGGGAUGAUACCAUCUAAUCUAUAUUCCAGUGUGUUUGAAACUGUAAGAAUGAUUAUCCUUAAACGUCCUGAAAUCAGAUUUACAUAUUUCUCAUAGAAGAAUCCUGCAGUAACACAGAAAAAGAGGCUAUGGAGUGAAAAGAAUGUAUGUGUUGCACUGA